GUGAUAGAGAGUGUGUGUGUGUCUGCCGCCUCUCUCACAGUUUGGCUGUGGUCGGCCCGAGCAGUCAGCAGAGCUUGUCGUCUGGAGAGAGGCAAACAGAGACAGGUAGCUUAGUUGGGGCAUGAAAGAUGGAGCUCUCGGCGGCGGGGGAUCGUAUUUUCGCCGCAGAAGCCAUACUGAAACGCCGCGUUCGUAAGGGAAGAAUUGAGUACCUGGUAAAAUGGAAAGGAUGGGCAAUGAAACACAGCACUUGGGAGCCAGAGGAGAAUAUUCUGGAUGACAGGCUGAUACUGGGCUUUGAGCAAAAGGAACGGGAAAGGGAAUUGCAUGGGCCGAAGAAGCGAGGACCAAAACCCAAAAACUUUGUCAUCAAGGCACGUUCUCAGAAAAGAGAGCCCAGCCGCCAAGCCACCAGCACCCGUCAGACUACAUCGCGCUCCUCUUUGUCCACUUCCAGCCGAGCAGCGCCCUCCUCUUCUGCCUCACCUCAUCAUUUACCAUCUUCGUCCUCCUCUUCCUCAACUGUGGCCCCCUCUCCUAAACUCAACUCCCUCGCAGCCACACACAAGCUGAAGAAGGACAUUCACCGUUGCCACCGGAUGUCCAGGCGUCCACUGCCCCGUUCAGACCCCAUGGCACCUACUUUCUCCAACCCUGGUGGUUUCCCUUCCCGCAUGCAUGUCUCCCCCUUCUCCGAGACCGUCCGUAUCCUCAACCGUAGAGUCAAACCCCGAGAGGUCAAGAGAGGUCGGAUCAUCCUCAACCUAAAGGUCAUUGAUAAGCCAGGUAGAGGUGGCACAGCUGCAGGCAGUAGGAAUAUUACAACAGGACGCCAAAACAUCCCUUCUCGCAAUCGCAUCAUUGGGAAAAAGGGAGAGGCCCCUUAUAGACCUUUUCAGCCUCCUCUGAAGAUGCUGGGGUUCCCGAUGUACGGGAAGCCGUUUGGGUUACAGUGUGGAGGCCCUGUGCCUUUCCACCCGCACACAGGGUCAUGCUCCAGCACAGGGGCCAGGGACAGCAACACCACCCCCUCUCAGUACCAGUCACCUCCCUCUCCUGCCUCCUCCAGCGGCUCUGAAGGAAAAUCUCCCACCGCCUCGGCUGCACAGUCCAAGCCUGCCACUGGAGCCUCACCUUCCAGCGAGGGUCCCAAGCCCAGUAAACCUCACGCAGAGACCCAGAAGGGCCAGAGCGCCAAGAAUGCUACUCCUGCCCCGUCCUCAGAUGCAAACCCGGUGGUUUCAGCAUCUCCCUUCCUCCCUUCCUCACCGUCUUCUUCCUUGGAAGACGAGGAGGAGGAGGGUGCCGUGGACCGUUCAGUGCCCUCAGAGGGAGGCAGGAAAAAUCUUCGCCAACGCAGGGCUAAACGCCAGCCGCCCACCACUCUCCCCUCUGUUGCCCCCGGGGACCAGAGCUCUGCCCCCACCGAACCCCAAAGGGUGCCUGCUGAAGGAGACCCUGACUGGCACCCUGAAAUGGCGCCAAGUUGCAAGGAUGUGGUGGUCACUGAUGUCACCACCAACCUCGGCACCGUCACCAUAAAAGAGUUCCCCUCCCCUGCCUCCUGCCCUGCCUCGCCCUCCUCCAGCCCCGAAAAUGCCUCUUCCCCUCCCCCCGCCUCCACCUCCGACGACCCCUCCCCAGCCAAGCCAUAGGAGAUCAGAUAUUAUGAAGUCGAUUGCCAUUAAUGAUAGAAAAAUAUCAUGCCAGUGUUGCCACUUCAACCCCCUCCCACCUUUUCCUUAAAGGUUUGUCCACAUUUGUGUAAGGUUAAUGAAAUGUAAUGUAACUUUACACCACCCAGCCAUUGAAUAGUAAAAACAAAAAGAGCAUAUUUUUUUUAAAAAAGAAAAUGUAUAAAUUCUAAUAUGCCCUUGUUGUCACUUAAAUUGCCAUAUUUUGUCCUCUUGCACAGCACUGACUCUUUGAAGCAGACUUGGAUUGAAACUGUGUUUGUUUUCUUUCACUCCAGACAUGUAGAGUUUAGCUUGUUUGGUGUGACACAGAUAGAAACCCUUGUCCAUCUGGUGUGUAGGGUGGGUAUUUUUCAAGCACACUUGGUGCAUGUGAAAGAAACACACGCUGUUUUAGAUACAUGCUCUGCUGCGACGGCUGCUUUGGACAGCCUUCAGGUGUAAUGCCAAUUUUCUUGCCCCCUUAGUCUCAUUGGAAGUCCAGCUUGUUAAUGAUAAAUGAGGUGGUGUGUUUUUGCACUUAACACAGUUGGACUCUCAUAUAUUGCAUCAAUACAGCGAGGUAAAUGCAAUGCACUUGACUGCAUCGAAAAAUGACCUAUUCUAUGUAGUUCAUCAAUUUUUCAAGGCCUUUUCCUCUUGCUCUCUUGAACGCACAUGCAUAUACAUACAGUAUGAGUAAGUAUUUAUAUGCACGCACAACCUUAAAAGCUGCAAAAUAAUAUACAAAAACAAUAGUUUUUAAGUUAUUGCUGUCCUUGCCAUCUUUCCCUGCUUGCCUUGUUUUCUCACAACCCCACCACCUUCUUCGACUCUGUGACGUCCACCAAGACUCUAAACUGGCCUGCAGUUGUGAAAUUUUCUCUUAAUGCCAGAUUUAUAUAACUUCUCAACUUGUCAAGGUCUAGAAGGUCCAUGAGCUGAACACAGUUCAGGCUGAAGCCACCAACCAAAUGCAGCUAAAGUAGUAGUUUGUUGAACCGGUGAUCUACUUGGUAGGUGUUUGAGGUCUGUGGAACAUGUAUCCAGGUGGUUUUUGCUUGGAAAAACCAGUAGAGACUGGCAAGUUUGUCUGUUUACCUUCCAAACUGGCAGGUAGAGCAAAUAGUUUUCCACCUUGCUUUGUUCCUUUGGAUGUUGUGCUAACAGUGCUUUAUUUGUAUGUUCUCAAGUGCUAGUUUCAAUAGAAAUGGUUCAUGUAGCAUGGUUCACAGUGUCCUGCGACUUACAGGGCUGGAGAAGCUGAACCAGGCCGAGACUUUGCCAGUAAUUUGAGGACAAAGGUUGUUGUCCUUUUUUUUCUGUCAGCUAAUUCAAUAACUGUCAGGCGAGGUGCUGGAAAUGGGUUACUGUGCCCGUUGAUUUUUUGAUAUAUCAUAAACACACAAAUGCAUUUGAGAAUUUUGUAUUGGUGAAACUAAGUUCAAAUUUAGGGAAACAUUUUGAUAAAAAUCUGUCGUCAUCCAUCUAAAAGCUUCCGUGAACGGUAACAUUUUCCAAACAAAUUAACAAAGGACCUAACACCACUUAUAUUCAAGAAUGUCUGCUCUUUUCUCUAGUUACACUCGAGUACUUUCCACAUCAAAAGUAUCCAAGGUUUGGUCAUGCUUAUGUUGCACAGUUGGUGGUUGAUGUUUGCCGAGGUUCCCCCGCUGCUCCUGUUUUAGUUGAUAUUUUUGUACAAACUCGUGUUGCAUGAAGGAUGAGAGUAGCAAGACCGUCCCUGAACCAGACAACCUUGUUAUGGGCUCCUGUUUUUGUAGCAUCUUUUCUGCUGAAGUCUUGAGCACAUGUAGUGGAAUGAUGAGUAAUGAAACCUAAGGAUGCACUAACAUGCAUCAUCCAACAUCCUCUCUUCCUGCUGGUUUCUCUAUUAGGAAAUCGCCUCAAGACAAAUUGUCUUUUUGUCUGUGGCUGAUAAAUUUAUCUUUCAUUUAUUUUUCCAGCCACUUAACCAGGUUACAAUUGAUCAGACACGUCAUUUAUACUUUCCUAGUUAUAAUUAUUUUGUUUCCUGCCUUGCUGCGCUUACUUUUUUACCAAGGCAAGGAUCUACUUUCGACUAGGGGCCUGAAGUUUUCUGACCCGAGAAGAAGCAAAGUUGGCACAGGUGUUCACUCCAAAUACAUCAGGUGUGCUCUCUUUCAGUGGCAUCAUGUAACAGUCAAAGCGUGUCAGGCAGCCUGGUGGUUAGGAUAAAAGCUUAAUCUCCGAAGGUUUAAUCCAUCGCCCAUGUGUUCUUGACCACGACCCUCUGCUCAGCUCAUUCAUUGCAGGCUGCUUCAAGCUAAAAGCCUGAAAUCAUGAAAGCAAUCAGAAAUUUUGACCAUCGAGAGAUCUGAAGUACUUCGAAAGAAACGUAGCCCUUUAUACACAGGCUACAAACUCUCCUCUGGUGCUGCCCACCUUUUCCAGACCUUCCCAGACCUUGGCUCUUACUCUGGUGUAACUGUGUGUUGCAAUAUUCAAAAAAAAUCUUCCGCAUGUGUUGCCUUAUAUCUGCUCCAUCCAACCCCAGAUACACUCCAGGCGACGUUUACCUCGUCUUACUCGGCUCCUGUUACACAGAGCAUGAUAAUAAUAAUAACUUAAAAAAAAAACAAAACAACUAACUUAAACCAUGACUUUAGCAUGGUUACUUUAUCACAAGCUGUAAUAACAGUUCCUGUUGUCGUCUUUCUCCAUGUCUCUGUUACACACUGACGAGGAAGAUGUCGCCUCCUCUCCUGUCAUGUACUGGAUGGUUCUAGUUGUUGUCAGUACUCUUUCAAUACUCUCAUAGGUUACAUGUGGAAAGAUUUAUUCCAAAAUGACACAUCCAUUAUAGAGAAGAAAAAGUGUCAAACACUAUCAUGAAAUGGAUUAUAGCUCAAAUUUAAAUUAGGUUAAAAGGACAGUACUUAACUUAAAUCCUGAUUUGACAAAGUGUGAAUGGACCGAGUCCUCUAUAUUUUCCAGAAAAAAUGACGAAAUAAAGGAUUAUUUUCUUCUCCAAAUGGAUAUAUCGUGAUUUGGAAUAGAUUUUUUCAUCUACUAUAUCUUUAAUAUCUUUAAGUGGUGGAUAGAAGUGACUCUAGCAGUUGGUAGAUGUGUAAGGUAUUAGGCUGCUAGGUGACGUUUCCAACUGUUGAUAGCAAUGUUUUCCUUCUUUUACUUUCUCAUAUGGGGUAGCACAACUCAACUUAGUGGCCUAUCUUUCAACCAAAUAGGGCUCUUGAUUUUAUUAUUUGAUUUUUUUUAAAAGCUUUUUUUCCCCUUUUGAAUUGUUUUACAUUUAUAUGUGAUGUUAUUUGAAGUGCUAGAUUUAUUUGGCACUAAUUGGAAAAAAGGAAGGAUCCUUGUUUAAAUGUAUGGAUAAAGAUACUUAAUGAAUUGAAAAUUGUGCUUUUUAAGCUUUUUUUUUUUUUCCUUUGUACUGUACUUUAAUAGUUUUUUUAAAAUAUGCAUUAUAAUGUUAAUGUGAUGCUGUUUAUUUGAAUGCCAUUUUUAAUAGUUCAAUAUGGGUUUGAUCAGAAGGCAAACAGAUUUUAAUGUAUCAAUACUGCAGUUUUGUCUGGUUUUAUGCUAAUAUGAAUUAUGUACAUUGUAUUGAUGGUAAUGACAAGGAGCUGGAGGUUAAUGAUGACAUUGUAAUGUAUCUGAUCUUCUGAAGCAUGUUUUGCAAACCCUUAUUGUACAGAUUAUGUAUUCAGUGUCAUGUUAACUGUUACUGUUGUUGCUUUCUGUGUGUUUCUUGUACAAGGCUUUUAAUUAAAAGCUCUUUAAAAAGCA